AUGUCAGAGCCAGCCAUUCCGGCCCCUCCAGGGGAGGUGUCCAAUCUGCAGCAUCCAGAAGAUGCUAUUCACUCCGUUAACUUCGCGACGCAAGUAGUGUGUCUUGUCAUCGUGACUAUCAUCCUGGCGCUGCGCCUCCUGGUCAAAGCCCGGAUCGGGAAAUGCUUGGAGUUGGACGAUUUUGGCAAUUACGGAGGUGGCUACCACGCAUGGGAUGUCUCGAAGAGCGAUAUGGUGAACUUCCAGAAGGCAUCAUAUGCAGUGACCCUCGUCUACGUGCCUAUGGUCUUCGUCAUCAAGCUCUCUCUUCUCGCGAUGAUGCGCCGAAUCUUCGCUCCGGACCCCCGUAAGCUCAUGAUCAUCUACGCCAGUGUCGUCGUGCUCCUCCUUUAUUACAUCCCCGCUCUGUUCAUCAAGAUCUUUUUCUGUAAACCAAUUUCCGCGUACUGGUACGGCACUGAGAACGGAGGGACCUGUCUCGACCAGCGGAAGGUCAUUAUUGCCGACGCGACGAUCAGCAUGGUCAGCGACCUGUGGAUCCUAGUUCUUCCCAUGCCGAUGCUCUGGUCGCUGCAGAUGUCGCUGAACAAGAAACUGCGAGUCGUCGGCAUCCUGGGCGCAGGCGGACUAGCAACUGGCUUUAGUGUCUGGCGAUUGGUGAUGAUGGUCGAUGAGUCGAGGACGCCGGACACGACGUGGUUCUGGAUCCAUUGUGUCUUGACGGGCAACGCCGAGGCAGGCAUCGGCCUCAUCUGCGCGUGUCUCCCCACCCUCACCUCAUAUUUCGUCACCCGGCGACUGAAGAGCCAAAACAGCAAGAUCGGCAGCUACCCGCGCAAUCACGAACUGAGCAGCUACAAUAACCUGUCGAGAUCGAAGAAGGGCACGGAUCCGGCGGCUUCAUUCACUGCCAGCCGCAGCGACGAAGCCUACCUCUUCUCUACGAUCGAGGUGGCCGAGGGGCGGGAAGGGUCGGUGUCAACUUUGCGGGAGAGUCACACGGCCGAACAAUCGGCCGGCAUCCAGAAGGAUGUGGUUGUGUCACAAAGUUACGAAUAUGUAAGAUAG